AAACAGGACAUUUUACACUGCAUGCUCAUGAGGCUAGCUGGGAAGAAGACUACCGUACGAAUCAGUAUUUGCGGAAAAUCGUCCCACGUGCGAGGUUGUUUACUAAAUUGUUUUGGGUUAUCAGCUAUGGCUCAGACACAGCAAGCGAUUAGCCACUGGAGUGUAGGUCGGGGUCGAGGCAGGGGUUCCCGUCAACAACAAUCCUACACUCCGUCCAGACGUCCAGGAGAGGCGUCUACCCAAUCCAAGGACCAGCCCUCCUGCAAAGUAACACAAAUUGAAAAGGAUCUUUCGGCUUGUAGUUUAAACUCUGUAAGUCAACCAGAAAACAAAAAUAAAACAACAUCAGGCUCCUCUCCCGCAGGAACAAGGUCAUCAGGGAACACAAGUGCUCCAUCUGCUGGAGGACUGAAAACUGGAGUCACCAAACUGAAGGCCAAGUACAGCUACAAAGCCAACUUGGAUAGUCCUCUAGGAGAGAAAGAACUCACCUUGAAGCAGGGCCAGGAACUGGUCUUUGUUGAGACCUGUAAAGACAAUGAUAUGUGGUGGAAGGUCCAGACUAAGGAUGGUGGUGAAAAGGGCUUUGUGCCUUCUACCUAUCUUGAGGUGGUUACAGAAAAAUUAACCCAACUUCCCUGGCUUGCGGACAAACAGUUAACUGAAGAGGAAGAGUUACCGAAAUCUAAACGAGAGUGGAAGCCAUACGUGUCAGCCUACCACAGGGAAGAGAAAACAAGCCAACCUGCCACGGUGAGUAAGGAACAGUACUUCUGCAAGAUUUGUGUCAAACAGCUCAACGGCCCCCAGCCUUACAGUGCCCACAUGAACAGCAAAGCUCACAAGGAAGAGGUUCAACUGGCCAAAGAGUACGGAACCUACACUGAGGAUUAGCACUGGAUGUGGACACUGCACUGAGGUUUAACACUGGAUGUGGACACUGUACUGAGGAUUAACACUUUAUGUGGAGUCUUGGACACUAUACUAGUAUACUGGAUGUGGACACUACACUCUACACGUAGAGAAGGCAGGAUUACUCCUGUCGUUGAUGUGCCAAACUUAGCAGCUGAAUGGCCCCAACCUUGAUCCAGAAUACCACCGUCUUCAAGGAAGUUAUUGUACUGCCAAAGGGAAUGGGAUAAAUGACUGAAGAUUAAUCUGUUGCCUACUGGAACUAGAAAGUCCUUGUACAAAUUCUAUGGGGAAUUACAGAGCUCAGUAGUCAACAGGUUAACUCUCUCUAGCUUUCCUUGCUGGUUGAUGUUAUGUAGUGUCAGAGGUGUUGGACAAUGGUAUUGAACUGUCAUAGGGAAUGGGAUAUAUUAAAUGAAUAUUAACAUGUUGCUUACUGGAACCGGGUGGUCCUAGUUCAGAUCUAUGGAAAUUUCAGAACUUGGUAGUCAGUGGGUUAAUUGUGGCAUCAGAGGAGUUGAGCCAUGAGGGAUGAUGAUAUCUGCUACAGUAAUUAAGUUAGUGCCAAAGACAAUCUUUGAAGUGUGUGAUGUAUAUUAAGAGAGUUUAAAACCUGCUUUAUACUGCUUUAUGUAGAAUUAACAUUCUUCAAAUGGUUUAAAAUGGGAAACCUUUUGUAGGAGGGCAACUCCUGUGGGUUUGGGGGAGCUGUCCCCAGGAAAGUUGUCUUACAAGGAGGAGUUAUUAUCAAAUAACUCCUCUCAACUUUUUUUUCAAAGUAACAGAACUUCCAACUAUUGCAUGUCGCAAUUAUAGAAAGAUUUGUUUAACCCCAUGUUAUUGUUUUGUAUUAUGUCAAAUAAUGUUUAUUAUGUUAUGUUAAUCACAUAUUAAUCUUAGUAUUAGGAUAUCAUGACACCAUUUUAUAAAGGAGUCUUACAUGUAUUAUAUGCAUCAUUAUUUCUGUUUGUUUCAGAUUUGUACAUAUAUAUUGUCAUACACUACCAGUCACAAUUCUUUUAAUCACUAUUACUGUUAAAACCAGAGAACAAUAGAUUCAGUGGACUGAAUCUAUUGUUCUCUGGUUUUAACAGGUAAAAGUUAGUUAAAGAAUUAUUGUAUCAUUAUUUCUGUUUGUUUCAGGUUUGUACAUUGUCAUACGUGUAGGUGAGGUCAAGUCUACCCCCAAUUACUAGUUGAUAAGUAUACAAAAGGGAAAAAAUCAAUCAAGAAUACACUGAAAACUUUGUCAAAACUGGAUGUGAAAUAUUUAAAAAAAUUGGCUUUUUGAAGUUUCACUUAAAUUCAUGAAGUAGUUAUAUUGUCAUGUCAUAUCAGGGGGGGGGAGCUUAAGAAAAUGCCCUUCCUGAUAUGAUUUUAUCAAGAUUACUCCAUCAACAGUAUAAACGAAAACACGGAAAUAGACAAUAAAUCAUAAGAUUACCUUGGAUCUCCUUUUUAUUACGCAAAGCAACCCCUUGCACUAACAAGAAUCGCACAUGUACAUGACAAUAUGCACAGCACAAGUGAUAUGAAAAUGAGAGAGCUGAUGAUGUCAUUUUCACAAGUUUGUUGAGGAAUCAAACCUUAUUUUGCACAAUAAUGAGAGAAUAAUUGUGAGUAACAUGUGUACCCUCCUUUGCACACUGCCUUUUGUUGCACAAAUAAAUGUUUUGUGAAUCUAAGUGAAACUUUUAUUUUACAUCUGAUUUUGAUUUAAAAAUUUCAGCGUUAUCCUUGAUUUUUUUUGUAUUUAGUAAAAUCCCCUUGCUAUUGGGGUGGACUUGGCCUUUAAUAGAUAAAAAUUUUAAAAGAAAAACAUUCAAAUGCUACUUCUAUUGCUGCUCAAGCUUCGUGGUGCUAUUUUAUUUAAGGAUUGGGGUGGGGAGGGGGAAAAUAUUAUGCCAUGAUUCUUUUCUUUUCUGAAGAUAUACAUGUAGUUCUUAUUCUUGACUUGUCCGGAGUCCUCUUUAUAUCCUUACAGUCAAAGAUAUUCCUCUUAUCCCCAUCAAAAAUAGAUUUAGUGUGUUCUAAACAUUCCUUAAGCCAGUAUACAUUUUUGUGUGUUUUCAGGAAUUAAUGUUUAAUGUCACACAUUCACGAAAUCUGUUCAAACUUUGUUUUCAAAUGAAGUAAUUUUCUAUUCUUUGCUACAAUAUCUGUAAUGUGCCUCAUGUGAAAACUCAUAUACAUGCUUUUACAAAAGUAUUAUCUUUAUCAAUGCUUUCAAGAGCUUAUCUACAAUGAGUGAUCUUACAGAAUAUUUGAUAUUCAGCCAGUGGGGGAUUUCAUGAAAGUUUGUCAGCAUUUCACUAAUUUUCAGUUCUGAUAAUUUCAGUGAAAUCUUUUGAAGGGUUGAGAGGUAGGGGUCUCUGACUGCUUCAUGCGAUAUAGUCCAGAUUGUGUAGACCAGACAGAAGGCUGAUUUCAACUUUGGUGUUUGUUUUGGUGUUCGAAACACAAUUCAGAUCGUCCUCCUGAGCUUCAACACCUUAUCUGAGUUUACAAAAAUGAGUCAAAGCACUUAUUGAAAGCUUAGCACCUAGAAAGAUUUGUCCUUGGAACAGCUCCAUAUUGGGUUUGGUGCUGUGCUGAAGGAAAAACCUACCUUACACUAACACCAAAAGGUCAACACCGAACUUGAUUUCACCCAUUGUAAUGAUAGUGAUACCCACCUCUAUAGACAGGUUUACAACAAUCUGUGUUGACUAGGGGAGCCAAAUAUAGCAACGCAAUCUAUGCUUUUACAUUCCAUAUUUUUACUGCACUUCUGACUCUAUUAACAACUUAGUAUGGUAAGCCAAGUGGGGUUCACAAUAUGUGUCAAAAUUAAUUGGCAUAUUGACAUAAUUGUAGUGUAUGUUUCCAACAAUGAGAUUAUUUACGAUGGGUGCUUGAGGCAUUUCACUGUCUCCAAACAGUGAUUGUGUGUCAUGUCUCAUCUGGGACUGUCCUGGACCCAAUGCUGAGUUUAUAGAAGAAUUGUUUUGCUUUGUUAAAACUUGAGACAAAAUUCAAAGCUUACAAUUUCCAGGCACAGUCAUGUCAUUUUCACAACUCAAGAAAAAAACAAGGGCACAAUAUCAAGAGCCUUCUAAGUUUAUGAAUAUGGGUCAUGAACUUGUUUUGUAUGAUCCAGUAUGUUAAACUAAGAUUGCUAUUGAGAUAUAGUAGGUAUUGCCAGACAGACUUGCCAGUAUUCCGCUAUGUUCAUCUCACAGGAACUCGAAUAGGUGGCGCUUUUCUGUGUAUGUCCAUAUUAUUUUGAAUAAAAGACAUUUUUGUUCAUAUUAAUACAAACAGUAUAAAUUUAGGACAAGGUUUUGUGAGAAUGACAUGGAUAUCAUUUUGAUUAUUGAACAUCCUAAAGGGAAACUCCUACUGUGGCAGAGUAAAAAAUAAGAUGUUUUACAUGUAGUUCUUUUUAUGUUAUUUGGAAUCGAUGUUAAACCGACUGGUCAACUGUAAUGAAUAGCUCCUCAAUGCAAUUACAUUCAAGUUAUGUUACCCUUAAUACAGGUAGCUGAAAUGUUUGGGACACGUAGUCCCAUCCAUCCAUUUCUGUGCGCUGCAAUGGGACUGGAACUCUUAGCAGACUUUAGCACAUGUCUUAUCAUUUUUGGUGAUUCCUUAAUAAUUGAUGUAUUAUGCGCUUGGAGAGAUGUUUGUGGGGAAUUGCAAAUAUGAAAGAACCCAUCUGACUGGUUCCUUGUCAGUGUUUUAACAAAAGUGUGUAUUCCCUCAUAGCAGAUUACACAUGAAAUAUACAACAGAAAUUCGACUCAUAAUCCUCUUUUUUCAAUCAGUUUGUGGAAGUUUUUUUCUUUACUCCAAAUUCAUAAUCAGAACUGAAGUUGAACUUAAAGAAAAUCAAGAAUGUAUGAAUAAAAAAGACAUUCCUCAUAUGUAUUAUCAUUUUUUUAUCCAGUAGGGCAUUAAAGAAUGCAGUUACAAAAUGCAAAUGACAAUCCCAUCAUUAAUUCUAAGCCGACAUUGUUUCAAAUGGUUAAUUGAUCUUGAACCUAGAAUGUUACAUGACCAAGGACCAUGUUUCAUAAAUGUUCAUCAAUGAUAAAUCUUUGACAAGAUUUGCUUUAAAAAUGGUUACUAUGGUAUGGUCAUUAAAAACUUGUCAUCGAUAUAUCUUUUUUGUGAAAACAGAGUCCUUGUUACUGAAAAGGGUAGAUCAAAGACAUGGGGAAACGUGUGUACUUGUAGUAUAGUAGUAUACAUCAUUUUAUUUCUUUGAAAAUGUUUCAGUAUGUUACCUUGAAUAUUUGGAUAUGUUUGAUAUUGUGUAAUCUUUACAUUUUCUUAAUAAAACCCAUUGAAAGUCCA